ACGACUUUAUAUCAGGCCUGCUAUUUUUCCUUUGGUCACACACAUGCCCUCGCCAUGAAGGGCUUCACAGCUACCCUCCUUGUCUGCAUGUUGCUUGGGGGCCCUGGAGGAGCCUGGCCCACACACCUGGCCUGCAGGAGCGGGGGCUUGGAGGUGUUCUACCAGAGUUGUGAUCCCUUGCAAGACUUCGGCUUAUCCAUUGACGAGUGUUCCAGAGAACUAAAGCCGAAUCUCAGCAUUCGAUUUGGACUCAUUCUGAGAGAAGACAUCCGACAGCUGUAUCUGGACGUGACUCUCGUCUCCAAAGGGGUGUCUGUUCUGAACUUCUCCUACCCCAUCUGCGAGGAGGACCUCCCCAAGUUCUCCUUCUGUGGAAGAAGGAAAGGAGAACAGAUUUACUUUGCUGGUCCUGUCAAUAACCUUGGAUUUGAUAUUCUCCAGGGUGAAUAUGAGAUUUUGCUAGAACUGUACAAUGAAAACCAUUCCACCGUGGCCUGCGCCAAUGCUACCGUCCUCUGUUCCUGACUGUGGCCGGCAGCAAAAACACAGCAGGUUCAGUCUCCUUGGCACUCCAGCUUCCCCAGACUGAGCCUGCCAUGGAAGAAGAACCAAGGGACAACGGAGAAAGGCUCUAUAAAGAAAUCCUCCAAAGAGUGCAGCUGCUAACCUCAGCCCCAGGCUCAGCCAUCUGAACUUCCAGACUUCCCAGACGCAAUGAAGCCCUAAGUCAUCUGUUUCCCAGGAGCCUCUAGGCAGCCACCAAGAAGUCUCCAGGGUCAUCCUUCCCCUCUAAUUAGUCAGCGGCACAAGACUUGUCUGCGUUUCAACUCCUCAGGUGCACCUGCUCACGGUGACAGGGAAUAAA